CACACUGGAGAAACACGGGGGCAGUUUCACUGAAGAGACGGGGUACCGUUCGUUUGUGACACCACUGGAGCCCGGAGCUCUUCACCGACCACGGUUCUGUAUCUCGUCCAUCAGGUCGGUGACAAGUGCAUCAUGUCGAACCAUGGUACAGCCUCACACAAAGCAGCCAAGAGCCAUAGCACACCACCCAGAGGCUCCACCUACAAAGGCCUCAAAGAAAUCCACAUCGAUGAGGAGGUGAAGAUCGCAGUGAACCUCUCUCUGGAGAGGUUUCGCUACAGCGACCAGAGAGAGAUGGAAUUUCCUUCCUCCCUGUCCAGUACUGAGAGAGCCUUCAUCCAUCGGAUGGCUCAGUCCCUGGGUUACAUCUCUAAGAGCAAAGGGAAAGGACCGAAUCGCUUCCUUACCAUCAGGAAGAAGGACGGGUCAGACAAACCUCGGCCCACCAUGCCCCUCACCCUCUCCCACAAUUCUCUAUACUUCAUCCGCAGCCUGCUCCAGAGGUUUCCCAUCAGCAACAAGGAACGCACAGACAUGCUGCCCAACAGCAAGAGUGGCAUGUCUGUGCCUGCAGAGCACGACAACAGCUAUGACAGGAACAGGGCGAGCGGGCGCUUAAACAACGGCAUUCCCAUGGUGCCUCGGAGGAGGAGUCCCUCAGACCUGGACAGUUUCAGACGCUCGCUCCCUGUUCACGAACGUCAGGAGGAGAUCGUCCAGCUCAUCAAAGGAAACAGGGUGGUACUGGUGGUGGGAGAGACCGGCUCCGGAAAGACAACGCAGAUCCCACAGUUCCUGUUGGAUGAGUGCAGCAGGAAUGGAGAGCCCUGCAGGAUCUUCUGCACUCAGCCCAGACGCCUGGCUGCCAUCGCUGUGGCUGAGAGAGUGGCCGCAGAGAGAGGAGAGAGCGUGGGCCAGACUGUGGGCUACCACAUUAGACUGGAGAGCAGGGUCUCUCCAAAGACACUGCUCACCUUCUGCACCAGUGGAGUGUUCCUCAGGACACUGAUGGCUGGAGAUGCCAGUCUGACAACUGUCACUCAUGUCAUUGUGGAUGAGGUGCAUGAGCGUGACGGUCUGACUGACUUCCUGCUCACUAAGAUGCGGGACGUGCUCCAGAAGAUCCCCUCACUGAAGCUGAUCCUGUCCAGUGCGGCUCUGGACACAGACCUGUUCCUCCAGUACUUUGGCUCCUGUCCUGUUAUCCACCUCAAAGGGAGACAGUUUGAGGUGCAGGAACUGUUUCUGGAGGACGUCCUGAGGAUGACGGGCUUCGACAGCAAGGACAAGACGAAAUACAAGGAGGAGACGCAGAGAAAGGAGAAGAAACAGAGACGAUUGACUGAGUGGUGUAAGGCAGUGGAGAGCAGCUGUGGUGACGAGAAGCAGAGGAGUCCUCAGUCUGUCCCAGGGGUCCUGCAGGACAACAGCUGUCUGGACAGAGGGGACACCUCCUUCAACAAGCUGACUGAGACCGGCUCAGAGCAGUUGGAGCCGUGGCUGCUGAAGGAGAUGGACUCCUGCAUCUCCAGCGUCUUCCUCGGUGAAGACCAGGAUGCCUUCAUCCAGCUCUUCAACCUCAUCCUCUAUGAAGGAGUUAACGUGGACUACACGCACAGUGAGACAGGGGCCACUCCCCUGAUGGUGGCAGCCGGUCGAGGGUUCCUCACACACAUGGAGCAGCUGCUCAACAUGGGGGCGGACAUCAGCAUUAAGGCGUCCAAUGGAUGGACGGCCUUAGACUUUGCCAAACACUUCCAGCAGACAGAGGCUGCGGAUCUCCUCAAGUCCUCCAUUCCUCUGAGAGAGGCCAGCAGCCUGGACGAGUCCUCCCUGCUGCAGUGUGACAGUGCAGAGCUGAGCACCGAGGAGCAGGAGCUGCUCAGACUCUACCACCACAGCUUUGAUGAUGAGUGGGUGGACCUCGACCUCAUCAUGGAUCUGCUGCACAACAUCUGCUCCACCACCAGUGACGGUGCUGCCCUGAUCUUCCUCCCCGGAUACGAUGACAUUGUGGCCCUCAGGGACCGCAUCCUGUACGACGACAAGAGGUUCUCCUUCCACUCUGAUAGAUUCCAGGUGUUCACUCUUCAUUCAGACAUGCAGACUCUGGAUCAGAAGAAAGCCAUGAAGACAGCUCCACCUGGUGUCAGGAAGAUAAUUCUUUCCACCAACAUCGCUGAGACGAGCAUCACCAUCAACGACGUGGUGUUUGUCAUUGACUCGGGAAAAGUCAAAGAGAAGUCCUUUGACACCCUCAGUCAUGUCUCCAUGUUGAAGACGGUGUGGAUCUCAAAAGCCAGCGCUCUGCAGAGGAAGGGGAGAGCUGGACGCUGCAGACCGGGGGUUUGCUUCCACCUCUUCAGUCGACUCCGCUUCAACAACAUGUUGGAGUUCCAGGUUCCACAGCUGCUGCGGAUGCCUCUGCAGGAACUGUGUCUGCAGACCAAGCUGCUGGCUCCCUCCUCCUCUCCAGUCACUGAGUUCUUGUCCAAAGCUCCUCAACCUCCUCCUGCUCACGCCAUCAGGAACGCUGUGCACAUGCUGAAGACAAUAGAUGCUAUGGACCAGUAUGAGGACCUGACUGAUUUGGGCUACCACCUGGCUGAUCUACCUGUAGAGCCCCACCUGGGUAAGAUGGUGCUGUCCGCUGUUGUGCUCAAGUGUCUGGACCCCAUUCUGACCAUCGCCUGUACGCUGGCCUACCGUGACCCCUUCGUCCUUCCUGCCCAGGGCUCUCAGAAAAGAGCCGCUCUGCACUGUCGGAAACGUUUCACAUCCAGCAGCUUCAGCGACCACAUGGCCCUGCUGAGAGCCUUCCAGGCGUGGCAGAAGGCUCGCAGUGAGGGCUGGGAGAGGUCCUUCUGUGAGAAGAACUUCCUGUCUCAGGCCACCAUGGACAUGAUCCUGGGCAUGAGGACACAGCUGCUGGGACAGCUCCGUGCUAUUGGUUUUGUGCGGGCCCGUGGAGGCAGUGACAUCCGUGACGUGAACUUGAACUCUGAGAACUGGGCCGUGGUGAAGGCAGCCCUGGUGGCUGGCAUGUAUCCAAACCUGGUCCACUUGAACCAGGAGACCUCUCUGCUCUCCAGUAACAGGGAGAAGAAGGUCCACUUUCAUCCCACCUCUAUCCUGAGCCAGUUCAAGGAGAACAGCUCAGGCAAAUUGGCCCGGGGUCUUCCCACAGACUGGCUGAUCUACGACGAGAUGAGCCGGGGCCACAGGAUGGCCAGUGUGCGCUGCUGCUCCAUGGUGACUCCCAUCACUGUGGCCAUCUUUGGAGGUUGUGCUAAGCUGCCCAGCUCUGCCCUGCAGGAGCCUGCCGCUCAGAGAGCCACAGACGGUCCACUGGACGACAACAGUGACAGUGAGACAGAGGACCAGACUGAGCUGAGGAUAGACGACUGGCUCGUCUUCCAGCUGGACAGAGAGGCUGCUGGCAUGGUGUUUGAGCUGAGACAGAAGUGGCAGAGUUUGUUUAUCAAGAGGAUCCGCUGCCCUUCAAAGCCCUGGUCUCAGCAGGACGAGGCCAUCAUCCGGACCCUGGUGUCUGUGUUGGCAGCGGAGGAGCAGGGGGCCGGCCUGCAGCAGCCCUCUGGGAUUGGCCAGCGGCCCCGGCCAAUGUCAUCAGAGGAGGGGUCCCAGGCCUCUGUGAAGAACUCCAAGAACGGCCCCCAACUACCCACCAACACCACCCAUGACAAGUCUGGUAGGAGCCCAGCAGCCUCGGGCCUGGUUCAGCUCAAAGUCCACAGAGAUGAGUCCUCUCUGUGUGAUGACCCUCACUCCUCCUCCAGUCUGUCUUCCUGCUCUGUGACCUCAGACAGCCCCGCCUCCUCAGGAAAGCAGGUUUCUCAGCCCGUCUCCCCCCAGCUGGUCUCAUCGGUGCGGUACUUCAUCAUGAAGAGCAGCAGCAUCAGGAACAUAGAGAUUUCUCAGCAGAGAGGGAUCUGGUCCACCACACCAAACAAUGAGAGCAAACUCUCCAAGGCCUUCCUGGAGAACAACCUCAUCAUCCUCAUCUUCUCUGUUCAGGGCUCUGGUCGCUUCCAGGGCUACGCUCGCAUGACAUCAGUCAUCAGUCAGGAGAGCUGUCAGGACUGGGGCUUCGUGGGACUGGGAGGGGUUUUCAGUGUGGAGUGGAUCCACAAGGAGAGUCUCCCCUUCCAGUGCACCCAACACAUCCUGAACCCCUGGAACGACAACAAGAAGGUCCAGAUCAGCAGGGACGGACAGGAGUUGGAGCCUCAGGUGGGAAGUCAGCUGCUGCUGCUGUGGGAGAGAAACUCUGGGAGUCAGUUCCAGUGAGAGGCAUCAGCAGACUCACCAGGUUGUCUUCUGACCCCCCCCCCCAACAUUGUAUAUUGAUAGAACCAUAUAUUUUUCUAUCAGUCAGAGUUUUUAGAUAUGAGCAUGUUUUAUUUCAGUCCGCUGCACUGCCAGUGACGGUACGAGGUUCGUACGUCUUCUCCUGCGUCUCUGUUUAAUCUAGUUCAGUCUGUUCAAAGAGGAGGUUCUCCUUCAGUUUGUGUUCAUCAGUCUGUUCAGUGAGAGUCUGUGGUUCUGUGAAUGUUCUCCACAGCAAUAGAACUAAUCCGACAGAACUGAUGAAGCGUGUUUUGACCUGAUGACUACAGAAGCCCUGACAGUUCAUUUCAGUUUUUAUGUGUUUUAUGUGUGUACUCUGUUUACAGUUGAUGGACAGUGCUCCUCUGUACAUCCACUAACAUGGCUGUUGACUUGCUGUAAAUGUUGUGUAUGUUAAAGUUGUGUUGUGCUUCAGCACGGACCAUACUAAUUAUUUAUUAACUCAUUUCAACAGAAAACACCUUCACACAUGUUUCAGGUUUAAAACUGAAGAAUUGUGUGAGGUGAACAAUGAACUGUGGACUGUUGAGUUAAGACAUUGUAUUGAUGAGAUGACAACAAUAAAUACUGAUUUCAUCUUAA